GCGAUGAGGAGGCCCGCGCCAGACGAGAAUAUUACGAUUACCACAGCGACAGCGAACCGGAACUCGACGCUGAUGAGCUGGAGGCCGAUCGCAGGGUGUUCAACAGUGUCACGGAGGAGGAGCGUCAAAAGGCGAGGGAACUCACGCGCCGUAUGGUGCUGAUCUGCGAGCAACACGCGGAAAAUGGGCCGAAGAUGCUGAAGCAGUUUUUGUGCGCGCUGGGGCCACUUAUCCCCGGCCUACCGAAGGAUCCCCGCACCGCAUUGGAGGAGUCCAUAGGGCCAUGGAGCAACGAGUCCAUCGAGAUGCAGGGAGGCGUUUACUGGCAUCGUGGUUUAGAAAACGGAAUUCGUGCCAACAGAGCCACCGCCAAAAAGGACCUCACAUUUGACAUUCAAGUCGAUGAAGUGUUGCUGGAACAGAUGACAAAACCGACAUUCUUAGCGUGGAUUAUCAUGGCUCGGCUGCACGAAGGCUCAAAACCACCGGGCGAGCCUUUUGUCGUUGGUGUGUUUUGUGGCGAUGCUCAGCCGCACUGUGAGGAGUUCCUGGGACCGUUCAUCGAAGAGGCUGAACGGUUAUGCGAAGCACCACUGAAGAUUAAUGGGGAUUCGGUAACCGUUAAACCACGAGUAAUAAUUACCGACGUUGCCGCACGGGCAUUUGUUAAAGGGACGGUCCAUCAGAGCAAUUACUACGGGUGCCCAAAGUGCACCAUAAAAGGAAAGUUUGUCUCUAGAACCAUCAUCACGUUCUUCGGUAAAAGGAACACCAACUCACCCACCCACCAAAUGGACCCACCAAAUGGACGAUGCAGAUGGGCAACCCUUUGUGACGCCUUUGGCGAAGUUGCCCAUAGACUUAGUCCAAGAUGUCAUUGUAGGCGAAAAUCGACGUUUACUGCACAUCGGUGCUAUGAAAACUUUGUUUUUCGCAUAUGCCGAUGGUCUUGGUAAUAUCCAGGCAAUGGAACGACAACAUCGUGAAUUUGUGGAGACCACAUUGCGUGAUUUCCGGUUCCCGCGCGAAAAGCAACCGCGAAACUUUGAAACCGAUAUUGCUAAGUGGCCACACAUCAUGUGGGGCUGCUUUUUAGACAUCGUAGGGGUCGUAAUACUGAAGCCAGCACUAAAGGAACAGUACUACGACAACUACUGUCGAUUGCAUUGGGCCGUUGCAAUUUGCAACAAGAGACGAUAUCGACAUUUGCUGAAUUACGCGCGGUUGUUGAUAGAGGAUUUUGUAAAAGAGCACCAAAAGUUGGUCGGCUAUGUGACGACUACCUUUCACUGCCUUCUCCACCUAGUGGACGAGGUAGAAAUGUUUGGAGCCUUGCCACUACAGUCUGCGUACCCGUUUAAGGCCGCACAUAAUUUUCGGCUCCUAACAAAAUAUAAACUUGCAUAUUUCAUUACAUUACUUUUAUUCAUACUUUAAUAUUAUAAUAUAUUUAUAAUAAUAUAUUAUAUAUUAUUAUAAGUAUUAUUAUAUAAAUAUUAUAUAUUGUAAAGGAUGCCGUGAUUAGACGAGCCUAGGGGUCUACAAUAUAUAUGUUGCGAAUGCAACGGGUAGCCAAGUAGAUGGUAGGUGGUAGAAAGCCAAGUCAGGUUCUUAAUCUCCUUUUUUAUGUUUAGCAGUUUCGGGAGUUAAAAAACUCGUGUAUUUCUGGCACUGAUUCUACAACUUGACUCUUGCACUCUGUUUAAACUCGCUUAAAACUCUCGCUCUUGCACUCCGCUUAAAACUUGCUUAACAAAACCCGCUUAUCGCUCGAUUUUGCUCCCUUUUUAUCCCUGAUUCCUUCGUUGGAGUUACUGCGCGCGGGUCUCGCGAGCGCCCCGAACGUGGCGCCUAUGGCGCUCAGUCGGAGCGCUCGGUCGGGAGCUGAUCGAUCGCUCGGUCGAUUGGGAGCCGCUGGGUUGCAUUUGCAACAAUAUAACUAAUAUAUAUAACUAUACUGAUAACUUAUAAAUUCACUACGUCUCUGUAGCUGAGUCUGACCACAUCGGACAUAAGUUUCCGGAACUCUGCGUCCGUUAUAUUUGUGCAUAUGGGAUGAGAUGCUGCGAUUGAUUGUAAUAUUUUCACCGAGCCAUGACCUAUAUUAUUAAGUAUUUCUUUUCCGUCACUCUUCUUGAUGAAAGAACAGGUUUUUAGAAAAUUUGGACUAAAAAAUCUGUAGGCCAGAGUUUUGAAAAGUCUGAAUCUGGUAUCAAAAUGUUCAUCAAGAAAAUAUGUCAUGUUUAAUUUUUGCCGCACUUCUUCCACCGACGAAGUGUUCAGGAUAUUUAGUUCGGUGCGGUUCGUAACGGGGAGAAUGAGAAUAAGGGAUGAAAUAGUGGGAAGUU